UAUUAGGCGCUAUAAACUUCUGUAGUGAUAAGAAAACUGCUGUUUAGAGUGUAAAAUGUUUUUUUUCAAGAAACAUCAAUGAAACAAAAAUAUUUUGAAAAUGUCAUAUAUGCAUGUUUAAAUAAGUCGGUAAUGGUUUUACCGCGUUAUGUUUUUAUAAAGGUAUACAUAUUUUUGUCAUAGUAUUCCUAAAAAAUACUGAUUAUUGUCAAUUUCAAAGACAAAAAAAAAUAUAGACAUGAAUACAACAUUAAAUUCAGUCGAGAGCAGCGGUGAUAAACAUCUACCAGAAACAACUGUACAAAGCAUAGCUCAGAAUUUAACUACUAUGCAAAGUAUACAAAAUGCACAAAGUGUUGUUCAAAGUAAUAUACAGAAUAUUCAAUCAACACAGACUAUAGUAGGAUCAGUUGGAACAUCAACUAAUCUUGUUGGAAAAUCAAUGUCAAUGGAUACAAAUUCAAAAUUACCUGUAAUGAAACCUGUAGUUCCAUCUGGUACCACUUCAACUUCAGAAACAAACAAAAUAACUACAACGAUAUGUUCAGUGGGCUCUACAGUAAGGAUAAUCUCACCAGGUAUGUUAAGUACAGUAGAACGUCAAAACCAACCACAGGCUCAGCAAUUAUUACAACAAACACAGCAAGUAUCAAAUAUGCCGGCAACUUAUCAUGUGCCUCGUGGUCCAGCUGCAGUUGCUAAUAUUUCUGCUCCAAGAUCAACAGUGGCUACUCCAAUUGUUAGAGCAAAUACAGGACAAACUAUACCUACUACAAGACCAGGAAUAAAUACAGCCAUUUCAAAUCCACAAUGGCAACCUAAAACAACAUCAGUUGUAUAUGCGCAACCACAAAGGCAUUCAACACCUCCAGUUAAUCGAAUUUCAAGGCCACCAUCAACAGUAUAUACCAAUCAACAGCCUCGUUUAAUUACACCUACAGGUCAAGGAAGAUCUGUACAAGCCACAAUGGUUACUGGAGUUCCUGGUACUCCAUCCAGAUUAAUAGCACCAGUUCUUCAAGCAAAUAAUAGUAUUACAAGAUUACCGGUUACACAAAGUAGACCAUCUGCUCCUCAGAUAUCAAAUAUAUCACAAACUACACAACCUGGUAGAUCUUCAACUCAAACUAUUCAAUCAAACAGGCCUUUGAGUACUACAGGUAUUGUAAAUCGUAUAGCUGUAUCAGCACCUGUAGUUGGAACUGUAAAUAGAGUAACUGCUUCAGCUUCAGUGACUGUUCAGCCAACAGUUGGAAGACAAUUAUCAAUAAACACUGUUGCUUCUCCAUCUACUGGAACUGUUAGUCGAAUUGUAAUUCCUUCUCAACAAAUACAACAGCAGCAGCAGCAGCAACAGCAACAACAGCAGCCACAAUCACAAACAAUACCACGUGUUGUUCAAACAGUAACUUCUUUAUCAAAUCUUAAUGCAGUAUCACGUAUAGUUGCUACAACAGCAAGUACAUCAAAUACAACAAGAAUAUCACAGCCUUCAUCAACUACUGUUGCUAGAAUUACUGGAAUGUCUUUGCAUCCUUUACCUUUAGCACCUACAAGAGUUACAUCAGCACCUGCUAAAACAGUACAGGCACAAAAUAUUGGACAAACUAUACAAAUCAAGCCCACUCAACAAUCUGGAUUUCGUGUUUCUUCUACCAGUAAUACAAAUAACAAUUCAAAUACAACGCCUUCUCAAUCGGCACAAGGACAAUAUUUACAUCCACCACAUACUGCAACUUAUUAUUCCUUUGAACCCACAGGAACAUAUACUCAGUACCGUCAAACUCCAGUGAGAUUACUUGUUGAACCUGGAUAUGAUGAACCUCAUACUAAAACAAAUGCAUCUCCUCGACCAAGUAUACUUAGAAAAAGAGAUCAUGAUAAUUCACCUAUUAAAAAUGCGGCAAAAAAUUUAGUUCCUGUACUUGCAUCUUUACCUCCUGUUACAACAUCUAGCCCACCAUGUUCACCAAGAGGAGAUCAAGAUGGUGGAGGUUGUCAGAGUUCAGGAUCUACUACAGUUUCUGCAACAUCAUCACCUGGACUUGAUGAAGAACCAGAACAAUCUAGAAUUACAAUAAAUCCAACAGUGGAAAUGUCUCCUAGAAAAAAGCCUCGAAAACAACAACUUACUGCAGUAGAAUUAACUGAAUCAAGAUGUACAGAAGAAGAAAUGCAAUUUAUUACAGAAGAAAGAAUGAAAAAAGAGCAUAAAGAAGAAUCAAAAGAAAAAUUAUCAGAAAAAAGACAAACUUCAAACAUACAAUGCGAUGUUAUUAAAUCUCCUAUACAGCAACCAACAGUUACAAUACGAACACGGCCUACACCUAGUUUAUUAGGACCUUCUUGGAAGAACAGAUGGGGUAGUAGACUUCAUCAUUAUAGAAGACCAAGUGAAGUUAGACCUCGUGAAGAAAGACGACCUACAGUUGCAGAAAUAGCUCAACAGAAACAUGUAUUACAGAAAUUAAAUGGCUGGAAAGUGUAUCAUCUUACAGCACAAAUGGAAGAUAUUGCAGAUCUUGAGAAACAAGUUCAUGAAAAAUUAAAAACAACAUUAACUAUACUUGAAUCACAGCAAAAUGUCAGGAAUAGACAAGAUGACGGUCUUGAACGUGUAAAUGAAUUGAUUAAAGGAAAUAUGCAACGUAGUAGCUUAAUUAGUGAAGGAAUGACAGAAGCACGCACGCAACUUAUUGCAAUAUUUCAACAUAAAGGACCUAUUACAGAUAUUUUACAACGAUGCGGCAAUAAACGUGCUCAAAAGAAACGAGAUAAAUGAGUUAUUGUGCGUAUUGAAUUAACGUGAAUAUGUUUAUAAAACAUCCUUGCAUGAGCAAGGUUUGAGAGGGCGUUAUUUUUAUCUGUGUCACAGAAUCUAUAUUAUAGGAACAAAAUAAAUGGUUUUAUAAGUC